GGCAAAGCCAAUGUUGCUGAGAAGAAAUCCUACAUCAAAGGGAUCCAGAGAAACAUCAGGAAGCUUGAGGAAGAAUGUCAUCAUAAGCAGAACAUUGUGAAGCAUCUCAAAGGCAAUACGAAAAGGUAAAGCAAAAGUUUUUUGUGUUUUUUGUAGGUGGGUCUUUAUAAAUAAUGGGGCCAAUGUGUCAUAUUGGGAUCAACAUUUCAAAAUGGUUUGAAACAAAAAUAAAAAGGUUUUUCAUGCAGUUCCACAUGUAUAUUUAGAGGAAUGAAAAUGAAUAUAUGCAAAUUGUCCCAUAACUAUACAUCCUUUAAGCAGGGUUGAAAUUCAAGUACUUUCAGGGACUUUCAAGUACUUCAUUAUCAUUUUCAAGGACCUCAAUGUUAUACAAUUGUAUAAUUUACCCCCGCGAAAAGAAAGUAGGCCAUUACCAUUUUAAGAAUAAGGAUUUUUUUUAGGACUUGCCAAUUUUUAUAAUUAGAAAGUGACCAAAAACCAGGUUCCCUUUUUAAUGGAAGGAUUUGUAUGGAAAGCAAAGUUGAAGCAACCGAUGUUGUCGUCCUCAUAAUAACCACACAUGGUUUAACCGCAACAGAGCAGCGCAACACCCUUCCAUUUAAGCAGUGGGAAACAAACGAAAGUGGCCACAUCUCUCACAAAAUUGAUCACAAAUGAAAUCACAGACAAUUAUAAGGGAGCAGGAUAACUUAUAAAUUGGCUACAAUAAUUACAUUAACCUUUCAAGCACCAAAUUGAGGAAAUGUCAGAUUUUCAAGGUAGGCCUAUUCCAGUACUUUAAUUUCUGAGCUCCAAAUGUAAGUUCAAGUAGGCUAUUUCAAGCCCCUUGUAUUGUUUAACAUUGCAGAUGUAACAUGGAAACCAAAAUGUACACUGAGUAUACCAAACAUUACGAACACCUUUCUAAUAUUGAGUUGCCCCCCCCACUCCAUUUUUCCCUCAGAACAGCCUAAAUUUGUCGGGGCGUGGACUCUACAAGGUGUCGAAAGCGUUCCACAGGGAUGCUGGCCCAUGUUGACUCCAAGGCUUCCCACAGUUGUGUCAAGUUGGCUGGAUGUCCUUUGGGUAGUGGACCAUUCUUGAUACACACGCGAAACUGUUGAGUAUGAAAAACCCAGCAGCGUUGCAGUUCUUGACGCAAACCGGUGCGCCUGGCACCUACUACCAUACCCUGUUCAAAGACACUUCAAUCUUUUGUCUUGCCCAUUCACCCUCUGAAUGGCACACAUACACAAUCCGUCUCAAUUGUCUCAAGGCUUAAAAAUCCUUCUUUAACCCGUCUCCUCCCCUUCAUCUACACUGAUUGAAGUGGAUUUAAAAAGUGACAUCAAUAAGGGAUCAUAGCUUUCACCUGGAUUCACCUGGUCAGUUUAUGUGAUGGAUACUGUCAUGGAUAAUGUUUUGUAUACUUAGUGUAUUUGUCAUGUUAUUUCAUUACCAGAUCAUAUUAUGAACAAGACCACUAGGCUAUGUCAUUUGUUGUCAUUAUAUCCAGAAUAAUUAAUAGAAAUAGCAUUGGCUGUUGCUCAAUUGUCUAUAAUACACAAUUGCGCACAGUUGACUGUGUCCAAUCCGAGGCACAAAAACAUAUGAAAACAUGAACACAUUACCUUGAUGCUUUCUCUGUUGAAUCUAACGAGACCCUGCUGGAAAUCAAGCAGACAACCACAGACUAUCAACAUCAAUUCCCUAAGGAUAGAUCCAACGUGGAUCCAGGCAACUCUGUCUUCACCAGCAUAAUGAAUGAGACACCAAAAUAAUCUGGACAUUCCUCCGCGAACACCUUUUUUCCAGAACUUGGGCUGUUGUUGCAUCGCAUGUGCUAUCACAACAGCUGUUAGUCACAUGACUGUCAUUUGGAUCAGAUGAUGAUGUGUGAAAAUAUCAUGGCGUACCUGACAAGCUGGACACCACAUCCAACAAGUGUUAUGCAUAAUUAUUGAAGAACCAUGUUAAUGACAGUAUCGAUUUAGGUUUUAAGUAUCAAGCUAAGGUGACCAUUUCUGUUAGAAGCAUUCAAUUUUGCAAUCAAUACAUUAUUUUGGAUUUGUUUGCCCAUGAAAACUGUUUUCACCCCAUAACAUAAGGAGACACAAAAUGUUACGUACAGUUGAAGUCGGAAGUUUACAUACACCUUAGCCAAAUACAUUUAAACUCAGUUUUUCACCAUUCCUGACAUUUAAUCCUAGGAACAGUUCCCUGUCUUAGGUCAGUUAGGAUCACCACUUUAUUUUAAGAAUGUGAAAUGUCAGAAUAAUAGUAGAGAGAAUGAUUUAUUUCAGCUUUUAUUUCUUUCAUCACAUUCCCAGUGGGUCAGAAAUUUACAUACACUCAAUUAGUAUUUGGUAGCAUUGCCUUUAAAUUGUUUAACUUGGGUCAAACGUUUCGGGUAGCCUUCCACAAGCUUCCCACAAUAAGUUGGGUGAAUUUUGGCCCAUUCCUCCUGACAGAGCUGGUGUAAAUGAGUUAGGUUUGUAGGCCUCCUUGCUCGCACACGCUUUUUCAGUUCUGCCCACAAAUGUUCUAUAGGAUUGAGGUCAGGGCUUUGUGAUGGCCACUCCAAUACCUUGACUUUGUUGUCCUUAAGCCAUUUUGCCACAACUUUGGAAGUAUGCUUGGGGUCAUUGUCCAUUUGGAAGACCCAUUUGCGACCAAGCUUUAACUUCCUGAUUGAUGUCUUGAGAUGUUGCUUCAAUAUAUCCACAUAAUGUUCCUUCCUCAUGAUGCCAUCUAUUUUGUGAAGUGCACCAAUCCCUCCUGCAGCAAAGCACCCCCACAGCAUGAUGCUGCCACCCCCGUACUUCACGGUUGGGAUGGUGUUCUUCGACUUGCAAGCACCCCCUUUUUCCUCCAAACAUAACGAUGGUCAUUAUGGCCAAACAGUUCUAUUUUUGUUUCAUCAGACCAGAGGACAUUUCUCCAAAAAGUACGAUCUUUGUCCCCAUGUGCAGUUGCAAACCGUAGUCUGGCUUUUUUAUGGCGGUUUUGGAGCAGUGGCUUCUUCCUUGCUGAGCGGCCUUUCAGGUUAUGUCAAUAUAGGACUCGUUUUACUGUGGAUAUAGAUACUUGUGUACCUGUUUCUUCCAGCAUCUUCACAAGGUCCUUUGCUGUUGUUCUGGGAUUGAUUUUCGCAUCAAAGUACGUUCAUCUCUAGGAGAAAGAACGCGUAUCCUUCCUGAGCGGUAUGACGGCUGCGUGGUCCCAUGGUGUUUAUACUUGCGUACUAUUGUUUGUACAGAUGAACGUGGUAACUUCAGGCGUUUGGAAAUUGCUCCCAAGGAUGAACCAGACUUGUGGAGGUCUACAAAUUUUUCCUGAGGUCUUGGCUGAUUUCUUUUGAUUUUCCCAUGAUGUCAAGCAAAGAGGCACUGAGUUUGAAGGUAGGCCUUGAAAUACAUCCACAGGUACACCUCCAAUUGACUCAAAUUAUGUCAAUUAGCCUAUCAGAAGCUUCUAAAGCCAUGACAUCAUUUUCUGGAAUUUUCCAAGCUGUUUAAAGGCACAGUCAAUUUAGUGUAUGUAAACUUCUGACCCACUGGAAUUGUGAUACAGUGAAUUAUAAGUGAAAUAAUCUGUCUAUAAACAAUUGUUGGAAAAAUUACUUGUGUCAUUCACAAAGUAGAUGUCCUAACCGACUUGCCAAAACUAUAGUUUGUUAACAAGAAGUGUAUGUAAACUUCCGACUUCAACUGUAGUUACACUUGUCGUGACGUGACUUUCAUUAAUAUGAUGACUGUUAUCUAUCGAAUCAGUUAACUAUGUUAGUCAAAGUUCCAGACCUCUUAAAACACUGCAGAAUGUUCUGGUCUAGUCUGGUGACUUGAUCUUCUUCCCCUCGUGUUCUAAAUGUGUGGAUGAUGUCCGUCUGGAUAAUGACCGUCUGAUGUGAAUUUGUCUUUCAAGCCUACCCUCCCCUCUUCUGUGGAUGAGAGGGGGUCUGGUCAUCGUCAGCCAUUUGCCAAGCUGAUCUGAGGCCUUGGAUGCUCACCCAGGAGAGUCAUGACACACUGCAUUCCUGACAGCUAGAUCCAGGAUUCUUACAGGGUUCAAGUUCAAUGUCUAAUUUAACUGAUUCAUGCUUAAUACAGUGCAUUCGUGAAGUUUUCAGACCCCUUGACUUUUUCCACAUUUUCUUACGUUACAGCCUUAUUCUAAAAUUGAUUAAAUCCUUUUUUCCCCUCAUCAAUCUGCACACAAUACCCCAUAAAUAUUUUUCAAAUGAAUAAAAAAAAUAAAAACAACGGAAAUAUCACAUUUACGUAAGUAUUCAGACCCUUUAUUCAACACUUUGUUGAAGCACCUUUGGCAGCGAUUACAGCCUGGAUUCUUCUUGGAUAUGACACUACAAGCUUGGCACACCUGUAUUUGGGGAGUUUCUCCCAUUCUUCUCUGCAGAUCCUCUCAAGCUCUGUCAGGUUGGAUGGGGAGCGUUGCUGCACAGCUAUUUUCAGGUCUCUCCAGAGAUCGGGUUCAAGUCCGGGCUCUGCCUGGGCCACUCAAGAACAUUCAGAGACUUGUUCCGAAGCCACUCCUGCGUUGUCUUGGCUGUGUGCUUAGGGUCGUUGUCCUGUUGGAAGGUGAACCUUCGCCCCAGUCUGAGGUCCUGAGCACUCUGGAGCAGGUUUUCAUCUUUCCCUCGAUCCUGACUAGUCUCCAAGUCCCUGCAGCUGAAAAACAUCCCCACAGCAUGAUGCUGCCACCACCAUGCUUCACCGUUGGGAUGGUGCCAGGUUUCCUCCAGACGUGACGCUUGGCAUUCAGGCCAAAGAGUUCAAUCUUGGUUUCAUCAGACCAGAGAAUGUUGUUUCUUAUGGUCUGAGAGUCCUUUAGGUGCCUUUUGGCAAAUUCCAAGUGGGCUGUCAUGUGCCUUUUUCUGAGGAGUGGCUUCCAUCUGGCCACUCUAGCAUAAAAGCCUGAUUGGUAGAGUGCUGCAGAGAUGGUUGUCCUUCUUGAAGGUUCUCCCAUCUCCACAGAGGAACUCUGGAGCUCUGUCAGAGUGACCAUCGGGUUCUUGGUCACCUCCCUGACCAAGGCCCUUCUCCCCCGAUUGCUCAGUUUGGCCGGGCGGCCAGCUCUAGGAAGAGUCAUGGUGGUUCCAAACUUCUUCCAUUUAAAAAUGAUGGAGGCCACGCUCAAUGCUGCAGACAUACAGUGGGGAAAAAAAGUAUUUAGUCAGCCACCAAUUGUGCAAGUUCUCCCACUUAAAAAGAUGAGAGAGGCCUGUAAUUUUCAUCAUAGGUACACGUCAACUAUCCAGAAAAUCACAUUGUAGGAUUUUUAAUGAAUUUAUUUGCAAAUUAUGGUGGAAAAUAAGUAUUUGGUCACCUACAAACAAGCAAGAUUUCUGGCUCUCACAGACCUGUAACUUCUUUUUUAAGAGGCUCCUCUGUCCUCCACUCGUUACCUGUAUUAAUGGCACCUGUUUGAACUUGUUAUCAGUAUAAAAGACACCUGUCCACAACCUCAAACAGUCACACUCCAAACUCCACUAUGGCCAAGACCAAAGAGCUGUCAAAGGACACCAGAAACAAAAUUGUAGACCUGCACCAGGCUGGGAAGACUGAAUCUGCAAUAGGUAAGCAGCUUGGUUUGAAGAAAUCAACUGUGGGAGCAAUUAUUAGGAAAUGGAAGAAGUACAAUCUCCCUCGAUCUGGGGCUCCACGCAAGAUCUCACCCCGUGGGGUCAAAAUGAUCACAAGAACGGUGAGCAAAAAUCCCAGAACCACACGGGGGGACCUAGUGAAUGACCUGCAGAGAGCUGGGACCAAAGUAACAAAGCCUACCAUCAGUAACACACAACGCCGCCAGGGACUCAAAUCCUGCAGUGCCAGACGUGUCCCCCUGCUUAAGCCAGUACAUGUCCAGGCCCGUCAGAAGUUUGCUAGAGUGCAUUUGGAUGAUCCAGAAGAGGAUUGGGAGAAUGUAAUAUGGUCAGAUGAAACCAAAAUAGAACUUUUUGGUAAAAACUCAACUCGUCGUGUUUGGAGGCCUGCCCUAGCUUUGGAUUGUAUUCACAAAACAUUUCAGAGUAGGAGUGGUGAUCUAGGAUCAGUUUUGCCCUUUACUGUAGAUCAUAUGAAUAUCAUUAUAUAGACAGGGGGGACCUGAUCCUGGACCAAUACAGGCCCUGCUGUGAUUUAUUGUAUCAUUGUACCCCCUCUCCUGCAGUCUAAAGGGGGCUAACAGCCUCCUGUUGCAGUAUGAGAAGACUCUGCAGGCUGAACUGAAGAGGAGACGAGACAACUGCAAUCAAGACAUGUAGGCCUACAUUUUGUCUUGACAUUUAUAUUAUGGUCAUUUAGCAGAUGCUCUCAACUAGUGCAGUGAAAAAGUACAGAAUUAUUAGACAACCCAUAACACUGCAUCAGUUAUACUUAGGCCUCCAGUGUGUCUGCUGUAGGAAAGUGUACCAGGAGAGAAUAGAGCGCUACAGGAAGGUUUUCCAGAAGCACAAAGAGAGCUACUGGCAGAAUCCUCUGGCCAAGCAGCUGCUGAUGAUCCAGUCAGAAAAAGAAGAGCUUGAAAGCAGGAUUAAAGCUUGUGAGGACCAGAUAACAGCCAAAGAGAAAGCUCUGCAGGAUCUACGAGGUAACUACUAGGGCAGUGGUUCCCAAUAGUACACAUGAAUGUUGCAGCACUGGACAACCACACCUGAUUCAACUAGUCAACUAAUCAUCAAGCCCUGGAUGACUUGAAUCAGGUGAGUUUGUCCCUGGCUACAACAACGUGUGCUGUUGGGGAUACUGGAGGACUGGAGUUGGGAAACACUGUACUAGGUAACCAAUAUCCUCUACUAGGUAACCAAUAUGGUAACCAAUAUCCUCUACUAGGUAACCUAUAUGGUAACCAAUAUCCUCUACUAGGUAACCAAUAUGGUAACCAAUAUCCUCUACUAGGUAACCUAUAUGGUAACCAAUAUCCUCUACUAGGUAACCAAUAUAGUAACCAAUAUCCUCUACUAGGUAACCAAUAUGGUAACCAAUAUCCUCUACUAGGUAACCAAUAUGGUAACCAAUAUCCUCUUCUAGGUAACCAAUAUGGUAACCAAUAUCCUCUACUAGGUAACCAAUAUGGUAACCAAUAUCCUCUACUAGGUAACCAAUAUGGUAACCAAUAUCCUCUACUAGGUAACCAACAUGGUAACCAAUAUCCUCUACUAGGUAACCAAUAUGGUAACCAAUAUCCUCUACUAGGUAACCAAUAUGGUAACCAAUAUCCUCUACUAGGUAACCAAUAUGGUAACCAAUAUCCUCUACUAGGUAACCAACAUGGUAACCAAUAUCCUCUACUAGGUAACCAAUAUGGUAACCAAUAUCCUCUACUAGGUAACCAAUAUCCUCUACUAGGUAACCAAUAUGGUAACCAAUAUCCUCUACUAGGUAACCAAUAUGGUAACCAAUAUCCUCUACUAGGUAACCUAUAUGGUAACCAAUAUCCUCUACUAGGUAACCAACACGUUUUAGUCCAUUGAAUAUCCUGUGUUGUUGGUUUGAUGUACAGUGCAAAGAAGUACAAGCUUAUUUCUUUCUUCCCUCAGGUCAAACAUUGUCCAUCGAGAACCCAUUGGAAAGGUAUCCUUUUGCACGGUUAAUGUCAACCGAAACUCACUGACCUGCAAAACGAUUAGGGUUGGGCCAAUAUAUGAUUAAAUCGAUAUUGUGAUAUUUGACAUUGACAAGUGCAAGAAGGUAUAUUGUGAUGUUCAAGACCAUACUCUAUUUCAACAUUACAAAUCAAAAUUGUGAAGUGUUAUUUGUUAGGCUGUAUCAAUAUGGUAAAUGAAGUCUAAAUAAAUGAACUAAGCCUAAUUUUUUCACCACACAAAGAUUAUUUAAUGAGAAUGUGAUUAUAAUAUUGUAUAAAAGAUCAACAAUUAUAGUCUGGAAUGAUCUAGUCAUUACCGGGCCAAAAUGAUUAUAUCAGAUAUCGCAAUAUUUGGAGUAGCAUAUCGUAUAUUUAAUUUCAGAAUUGGUUAGGGUUAAGUUGAGGGUCAGUUUUAGAUUAGUCAGGAGUGUCCUUAUAGCCUCUGGAAGUGUGUCAGAUAAGGUGAGCUGUUCUUGGCUGAGGAAAUGUAGUCCUCUGGAAGUGUGUCAGAUAAGGUGAGCUGUUCUUGGCUGAGGAAAUGUAGUCCUCUGGAAGUGUGUCAGAUAAGGUGAGCUGUUCUUGGCUGAGGAAAUGUAGUCCUCUGGAAGUGUGUCAGAUAAGGUGAGCUGUUCUUGGCUGAGGAAAUGUAGUCCUCUGGAAGUGUGUCAGAUAAGGUGAGCUGUUCUUGGCUGAGGAAAUGUAGUCCUCUGGAAGUGUGUCAGAUAAGGUGAGCUGUUCUUGGCUGAGGAAAUGUAGUCCUCUGGAAGUGUGUCAGAUAAGGUGAGCUGUUCUUGGCUGAGGAAAUGUAGUCCUCUGGAAGUGUGUCAGAUAAGGUGAGCUGUUCUUGGCUGAGGAAAUGUAGUCCUCUGGAAGUGUGUCAGAUAAGGUGAGCUGUUCUUGGCUGAGGAAAUGUAGUCCUCUGGAAGUGUGUCAGAUAAGGUGAGCUGUUCUUGGCUGAGGAAAUGUAGUCCUCUGGAAGUGUGUCAGAUAAGGUGAGCUGUUCUUGGCUGAGGAAAUGUAGUCCUCUGGAAGUGUGUCAGAUAAGGUGAGCUGUUCUUGGCUGAGGAAAUGUAGUCCUCUGGAAGUGUGUCCUGUUCUUGGCUGAGGAAAUGUAGUCCUCUGGAAGUGUGUCCUGUUCUUGGCUGAGGAAAUGUAGUCCUCUGGAAGUGUGUCAGAUAAGGUGAGCUGUUCUUGGCUGAGGAAAUGUAGUCCUUGGCUGAGGAAAUGUAGUCCUUAACCUUUUUGUCCAGCAUCUCUGGUCUACUGACGGCAGCAGAGUCUCACAGACAGUCAGCGUCUCAGGCUGAGGAUGACCAUCAGUCUCCACUAGACAUCUCCUCCCUCCAUCUCUCCCAGGUAUCUAUCUCUGUCCUCCCUCCAUCUCUCCCAGGUAUCAAAUUUUCGGCCCCCUUUCCCCCCUUUUCCCCCCAGGGUAUCUAUCUCUUUCCUCCCCCCCAUCUCUCCCGGGUAUCUAAUUUUCCGGGCGUCCCUCCCUCUCCCGGGUUAUCUUCCCUUCCCCCCUCCCUCCAUCUCCCCCGGGGUAUCUCUCGGGUCCCCCCCUUUCCAUCUCUCCCAGGUAUCUUUCUCUGCCUCCCUCCUUCUCCCCCGGGUAUCUUUCCCCGGGUCCUCCCCCAUCUCCCCCAGGAAAUCCCCUCGGGUCCUCCCUCCUCUCUCCCGGGGUAUCUAUCUCUGUCCUCCCCUCCAUCUCUCCCAGGAAAUCAAGUCUCUUUCCCCCCCUUCCCCUUCCCGUUCCCCCCCAUCUCUCCCGGUAUCUCUCUCUGUCCCCCCCUCCUCUCUCCCCGGGAAACUAUCUCUGUCCUCCCUCCCUCCCCCCAAUUAUCUACUCUUUCCCCCCCUUUCUCUCCCAGGUAUCUAUCUUUUUCCCUUCCCUCCUCUCUUCCCAGGUAUUUUUAAUCUCGGGUCCCCCCCUUCCAUUUUCCCCCAAGGUAUGCUCUUUUGCCCCCCCCUCCUCUCCCCAGGUAUCUCUCCUGUCCCCCCUUUCCCAUCUUUUCCCAGGUUCUUCUCGGGUCCCCCCCUCCUCUCCCCCAAAGGGAAAUUCUUCUCUGUCCUCCCUCCCAUCUCCCCCCAGGAAAUUUUCUCUGUCCCCCCCCCUCCUCCCAGGUAUCAAUCUUUUGUCCCCCCUCCCUCCAUCUCCCCAGGUAUCUUCUCGGGUCCUCCCCUCCCAACCCCGCCCCCCCCUCUCCCCCCCCAUUUUUUUCUCUUUCCUCCCUCCAUCUCCCCCCCCGGGUUAUCUUCUCUGUCCCCCCCCUCCUCCUCCCGGUUCUUCUCUGUCCUCCCUCCAUCUCCCCCGGGUAUCUCUUUUCCCUUCCUCCCUUCUCCCCCCUUCUCCCAGGUAUCGUCCCCUGUCCCUCCCUCCAUCCCCUCCCAGGUACCCAUCUUUUCCCUUCCCCCUCCCCUUCCACCGGUCCCCCCCUUGCGUUUUCCCAGGUUUUUUCCCCUCCUUCCCCUCCCAGGUACUAUCUCUGUUCCCCCCUCCACCCUCCCCCCGGUACUUUUUUUCCUCUGUCCUCCCCCCACCCCCCAACUCUCCCCCCCCCCCCCGGUAUCUCUCUCUUUCCUCCCCCCCACUCCCCCAUUUUCUCUUCCCCUUUCCCUCCCUCCAUCCCUCCCGGGAAAUCUUCUUUCCCCCCCUCCUCUCUCCCAGGUUUUCUUUCCUUUCCUCCCCCCCUCUCUCCCCGGUACCCUUCUCUCGGGUCCUCCCCCCCCUCUUUUCCCCAGGUAUCUCCCCUCUGCCCUCCCCCCAUCUCUCCAUUUUUCCCCUAUCUCUUUCCUCCCUCCUUCUCCCCCCAAUUAUCAAUUUUUUUUCCCUCCCCUCCAUUUUGCUCCCCUUUGGAUCCCCCUUUUUCUUUCCUCCCUCCAUCUCUCCCAGGUACCCAUCUUUUCUUGUCCUCCCUCCUUCUCCCCCCGGUACUAUCUCUGUCCUCCCUCCUUCUCCCAGGAAAUCCUCUCUGUCCCCCUCCCAUCUCUCCCCCAAAAUCUCCUCUGCCCUUUCCCUCCAUCUCUCCCAGGUAUCAAAUCUCGUCCCCCUCCGUCUCUCCGGGGUUCUAUCUCUGCCCCCUCCCCUCCAUCUCCCCCGGGUUAUCUUCUCUGUCCUCCCUCCAUCUCUCCCAGGUUUAAAUCUCUGUCCCCCCCCUCCUUCUCUCCCCCAGGUAUCUCCUCGCCCCUCCCUAAAUCUCCCCCAAAGGGUAUUUUUCCGUCCCCCCUCCAUCUCCCCCGGGGGUUCUUCCUGUCCCCCCCUUCCUUUUCCCCCAGGUAUCAAAUCUCUUUCCUCCCUCCGCUCCCCCAAGGAAUCUAUUCUCCUUCCUCCCCUCCAUCCCCCUCCCGGGGGUAUUUUCCCCUCUGUCCCCCCCCUCCAUCUCUCCCUCUCCCAGGUAAUAAAUCUCUUUUCCCCCUCCCCCUUUUCCAAAUCCGUCCCCUUUCCUUUCCCCCUUUCCUCCGCCCCCCAUUCUCUCCCAGGUUAUCUAUCUGGGGUUUCCCCCCCUCCAUCUCUCCCUUUAUCUAUCUCUGUCCCCUUUCCCCCUCCCCCUUUUCCCCCGGGGUUACCCUAUCCCCUUUUCCCCCCCCUCCAUCCUCCCGUUAUCAAAUCUCGCCCUCCCUCCAUCUCCCCCCGUUUCUCUCUCGGGCCCUUUCCCCUCCUCUCCCCCCGGUUUUUCCUUUUCUCAUCCUUCCCCCUCUUUCCCCCCCCUCCAUCUCCCCCAGGUAUUUUCCCCUCUGUCCCCCCCCCUUUUCCCCCCAAGUUAUCCCCCUGUCCCUUCCCCUCCUCUCCCCAGGAAACCUUUCCCCGUCCUUCCCUCCUCUCCCCCAGGUAUCUUCUUUUGUCCCCCCCUUUCCAUCCCCCCCAGGAAAAUCUUCUUUUGGGUCCUCCCUCCAUCUCUCCCUUUAUCUCCCCUUGCCCUCCCUCCAUCCCCCCGGGGGAACCCCCCUUCUCUUUCCUUUCCUCCCCCCAUCUCCCCCCGGUUACCCUCUCUCUGCCCCUCCCUCCAUCUCCCCCCAGGUAUUUUCCCCUGUCCUCCCCCCCCUUUCCCCCUCCCCAGGAUCUUCUCUGUCCCCCCUCCUUUCCCCUUUUCCCGGGUUCCCCUUCUCUGUCCUCCCUCCCCCUCUCCCAGGUAUCUCUCUCUGUCCUCCCCCCCUCCCCCCCAGGUAUCUUCCUGUCCCCCCUCCAUCCCUCCCCCCGGUUUCCAAUUUUCUGUCCUCCCCUCCUCUCCCCCGGGGUACCUUCUCUUUCCUCCCCCCAUCUCCCCCGGGAAAUCUAUCUCUGUCCCCCCUCCAUCUCUCCCCCGGUAUCUAUCUCUUUCCUCCCUCCAUCUCUCCCCCUUUAUCUAAUCCGGGCCCCCUCCAAAAAUUCUCCCCCCAGGAAUCCUCUCCCUUUUCCCCUCCAUCUCUCCCGGGUAUCUCUCUCUGUCCCCCCCCUCCAUUUUCCCCCCGGUAUCUAUCUCGGGCCUCCCUCCGGCUCCCCAAAAGGUCUAUCCCCGGGCCCUCCCCCCCAUUUUCUCCCAGGUACUAUCUCUGCCCUUCCCUCCUCCCCCCCUUCCCAAAAAGGGGUUUAAUCUAUCUCUGUCCUCCCCCCAAAUCUCUCCCGGGUUAUCUCUCCCCUGUCCUCCCCCCUCCCAAUCUCUCCCCUCCCUAUCUCUGGUUCCUCCUCCCUCCGCCCUCCCUCCAAGGUAUCUAUCUCUUUCCCCCCCUCCCCCCUCUUCCCAGGUAUCUAUCUUUUUCCCCUUCCCUCCUCUUUCUCCCAGGUAUCUAUCUCUGCCCCUUCCCUUCCUCUCUCCCAGGUAUCUAUCUCUGCCCCUCCCCCCCCAUCCUCCCCCUUUAUCUCUUUUUGUCCUCCCCCCCCUCUCCCAGGUAUUUUCCUCUGCCCCCCCCCUCCUCUCUCCCAAAGGUUAUCUUCUCCCCCUUGUCCUCCCCCUCCAUCUCCCCCGGUAUCUAUCUUUCCCUUCCCCUUCCUCUCUCCCUUUUAAAUCUUCUCUUUCCCCCCCUCCCCCCCCUUUUUCCUUUUCCUCCCCCUGAUUUCCCCCGGCUCUCUGUCCCCCCCCCUCCAUCUCUCCCUUUAAAUCCCCCCUCGCUUCCUCCCUCCACUCUCCCUUCUCUCUUUUCCCUUUUCCCCCUCUCUCCUCUUUUUCCCCCCCUCCACUCUCCCAGGUUCCUCUCGGGUUCCUCCCCCCCAUCCUCCCGGGAAAUUCUCUCUUUUUGCCUCCCUCCAUCUCCCCCAGGUAUCUUCUCUGUCCCCCCCUUCCAUCUCUCCCAGGUAUCUAUCUCUGCCCCUCCCUCCAUUCUCCCAGGUUUUUACUCGGUCCCCUCCCUCCAUCUCUCCCAGGUACCUCCCCUCUGCCCUCCCUCCUCUCUCCCAUUAUCUUCUCUGUCCCCCCCCUCCAUCUCCCCCGGUUAUCUAUCUCUUUUCCCCCCUUUCCUCUCCCCCAAGGUAUCAAAUCUCUGUCCCCCUCCUUUUCUCCCGGGUACCCUCUCUCUGCCCCUCCCUCCUCUUUUGGGACGGGGGGGGGUUUCCCCCACCCCCGGGGACUAUUUUUGUUGGGUUCCGCCCCUAAAAUUUCUUGCCGGGCCCCCUCCUCCCUUCUCCCAGAUCUACCCCGUCCUUUCCCCCCUAAUUUCCCCCCAGGAAAACCAAAUUCUCGGGGUUCCUCCCUCCAUCCCCCCGGGUUUUUACAUCCUUCCUCCCCAAUCUCUCCCAGGUCUCUCUCUGUUCCCCCCCCUCUUUCUCCCAGGUCCUUUUCUCGGGCCCCUCCCCCCCCCUUCUCCCGGUAUCUAUCUCGGGUCCUCCCCCCCGGGGGGCCUCUCCCAAGGUAUCUAUCUCUGUCCUCCCCCCCCUCUCCCCCAGGUAUCUAUCUCUUUUUUUUCCCUCCGUCCCCCCCCGGGUACUUCUCUGUCCUCCCUCCAUCUCCCCCCCAGGUUUAUCCUCUCCCAAAAGACCCCCUUUUUCCUCCCCCCGGGGGCCUGGGGGGGGGUUGCUUUUCUCUGUCCUCCCUCCUCUCUCCAAGGUACUUUCUCCCCCUUUCCCCUCCGCCUUUUCCCGGGUAAAAUCCCCCCUUGGUCUUCCCCCCCGCCUCUCCCGGUAUCUCUCCCGGGCCCCUCCUCCUCCCAUCUCUCCCAGCCUAAGGUAUCUAUAGCCUGGGUGCUGGGGACUCAGUUCAGUCUAGACUAGAGUGGUCAGCCAUCUUCCUCUGGUCCUUUGCAGGAUGGCCAUGAGAAACAAGGAGAGGGAAUUGAAGAGCAUCUAGAGAAGACCUUUGCUCACCCUCAUCACAAGGAGACACAAACUGUGACAUGUGGUCAUACCCAGAGGCAAUGGGUAGGAUCUUCAAUGGUUAGGAUCUUCAAUGGUUAGGAUCUUCAAAGGGUAGGAUUUUCAAUGGUAGGAUCUUCAAUGGGUAGGAUCUUCAUGGGUAGGAUCUUCAAGGUGGGAUCUUCAUGGUAGGAUCUUCAAUGGGUGGAUCUUCAAUGCUUCACUUUGGGCUUUCAUUGUGACCAUCCUUUUUAUCAUGUGGGCCCAUUUCCAUUUUUAAAUUGAUACUGGUGGUAAAAUGUUUUAAAUCCGUCCUCCAGAUGAAAUGCACGCUUCAGACCAGGAGGAGGGGAGUGUACUAGAGGAACAGGUCUGCUCUUAAUAAAUCAUUAUUCAACAACAUUUGGUACUGCUGUAAAUCAAAACUCCCAAGUAACAUCUGCAUCAGUUAGAAGAGAUCGCAAACAUGGACACAGAACUUUAAAUUCAGUGACAGGACACUGAUGAAGUUCUGUGCAUUAGAUUCAUUAUUCUGUUAUAUCCUGCACACAGUGGAUGUGUCCCAAAUGGUAGUCUAUUCCCCUUUAAAAUGUACUGUGCACUACUUUGACCAGUGCCCAAGGCUCUGUAGUAGUGCACUAUGUAGGGAAUAGGGUGCUAUUUUGGACGCCUCGUAACUCUUGUGUUAUACAGUGCAUUCGGAAAGUAUUCAGACCCCUUCACUUUUUCCACAUUUUGUUACGUUACAGCCAUAUUCAAAAAUGGAUGAAAUUAUUUUUUUCCUCAUCAAUUCAACACACAAUAACCCAUAAUGACAAAGCAAUAUUUCAGUUUUUUAUUUUAUAAAUUUGCAAACGUUUCUAAAACCAGUUUUUGCUUUGUCAUUAUGGGGUAUUGUGUGUAAAUUGAUGAGGGGGGAAAAACUAUUUAAUCAAUUUUAGAAUAAGGCUGUAACCUAACAAAAUGUUUGAAAAGUCAAGAGGUGUGAAUACUUUCUGAAUGCUCUGUAUAGAUGCUAUGUGAAAUCUGUUUGACUCUUUAUAGCUGGAGUGUCUGAACACCUCCAAUACAGUAGAGAUGGAGGAGGUGAAGGAGGUGAAGGAGAGAGGACUGAGGGAGGAGAGGAACAGCCUACAUCCUUCAUUACUGAGGAAGAGGAGAAUGAAGGAAUGGGAGCUGCAUUCUCUCCUCAGACUCCUGCUAGAAUGAAAGCUGUGUCCAGCACCCCAACCUUCUCACUG